CGAGAAGUUUUCAAAUUCAACUUAAUGCGCUGUCACCCUCAGUUGAGCUCAUAUGUGGCGGUUCCAAAAAUGCCGCGGUCUUGCUUUGCAGCGCGUCCUAGCAAUAGUCUGUGCGGUUGCGUUCCUGCUACAGGGUUAUGACCAGUCGAUCAUGAAUGGCCUGGUCACACUAGAUACAUUCCUUUCGACUAUGCCUGGAAUUGAUACACUACAUACGACUGGCUCACAAGAAGAUCACAAUGCCAACGUCCAGGGUGCAACUGUCGCGAUCUAUGGACCCUGAUCGACAUCUUCACCGAACGCUGAUCGUCGUAGCAGCUCCUAUGAUCACUCAAAUGACAGGCAUCAACAUUAUCCCAUUCUACUCCAAUAGUAUUCUUGAGACGACUGUGGGGUACUCGGGAAAUAUUGCCAGAAUCGUAUCUGGGUGCAUGCAAAUAAUUCUUAUUAUAGGGGCCAUCAUCGGUUGCUUCUUUGUGGAGCGAAUUGGUCGUCGCAGGCUGAUGC